UUCACAACACUGCCCGCCGCCUGUGCUUUCCAACACUAGAACUGGCAAAAAAUAAAAAUCCAAGCGUUGAAUUUACCGAAUCGUCGUCUCGAAUCGCCAUAAUUCUAUAGCUUUUAUUCUGAAUUCCGAUCGGAAUCGGCGAAAAGCAAGGACUGAAAGUCUCGGAAUUCAUACGACUUGGAAAAAAACCACUGAAAACAAAAUCACCAUGUCGCACACCAUCCUACUGGUUCAGCCGGGCGCUCGUCCAGAGACCCGCACCUACUGCGACUACGAGAGCGUGAACGAGUGCAUGGAGGGCGUGUGCAAGAUCUACGAGGAGCACCUGAAGCGGCGCAACCCGAACACCCCGACCAUCACCUACGACAUCAGCCAGCUGUUCGACUUCAUCGACACGCUGAUGGACAUCAGCUGCAUGGUGUACCAGAAGAGCACCAACACCUAUGCCCCCUACAACAAGGACUGGAUCAAGGAGAAGAUCUAUGUGCUGCUGCGCCAGGCGGCCUUCAGCCCGAAUGCCUAACUAAAGAUCAAAAUACCAAAUAACCCGAUCAUAAACUAAGGAGAUGCGUGAACUCACGAGGACAACAUGAUUUUAGGGAGGGAAUCGACGCUGCUGCCGCCUGCUAACUACACAUUAAUACGAUCACAACAACCAAGGACGGCAGACAAACAAUGCAAACACAAAGAGAACGAGAAACUGUUUAACUUAGAAAUGGAAAACUUACUUUACACGUACUAAUAUAAUGUAUAUACACCCAA